CCUCUUCAACCUCCUCCAGGAACAUGGUCAAGUUCACCAUCUGCCUUUUUCUCUGGGCCCUCACUCAUCUGCCUCACGCAAAUUCUGUCGACACAUACUAUGGCGGUCUUCGCGUCAUCCACACCGGCGACGCCGCUUACUGGGACACGGGAGUCCUCAACUACUUUGCGCGAUGGUCUAAAAGCUAUAACAUGUUCGCCGGCAAAGGUCUCGAUCAGCCAAGGGGACAUCUCGUCAAAUUUGAUGCCGAUUUCAAGCCCGACGACGACGCCGACGACCAGUCCGGUGCAUUCAGCUUCGUCUCCGUUUACGGCGAGACAGUCGAGCCCCGUGCUGUUUUUAGAAUCGUGGAGAGCUACACGGGAUCGAAUCCGGCUAAACAGCGUUCGUUUCAGCCACAGGGAGAAGUCGAGGCCGACGGAUCCUUUUACGACCUCUACUCGGUUUGGCAUGGCUCAGGGACCCCUGAUAACGGCGAACCAUACUUUGAGCUGUGCGUCAGUCUCCUAGCGCGACUUCGGCAAACCGUUCCGCAUCGCCAGAGCGGCAGCAACCACCACCACCAUCUCGAACUACCCCGCCGCACGAUGACACUCACGGUCCACCACCUCCAGGUCUCGCAGUCGGAGCGCGUCGUCUGGCUCUGUGAGGAGCUGGGCGUGCCGUACACGCUGAAGCUGCACCAGCGCGCCCCCAUCUUUUCGCCCCAGUCGAUCAAGGACCUCAACCCGCUCGGCCAGGCGCCCGUGAUCCAGGACGGCGACCUCACGCUGGCCGAGUCGGCCGCCGUCGUCGAGUACAUCAUCCACAAGCACGGCGGCGGCAGGCUCUCGCUGGCCCCCUCGCACCGCAACUACGCCGACUACCUCUACUGGUUCCACAUGUCCAACAGCAACCUGCAGCCCCUCGUGCUGACCCUCCUGCACCUCUCUAGCGUCGGCAACCCCGGCGACCGGCUGGCGAGUACCCAGGCGCGCUUCGACAACCUGCUCACCCUCCUCGACAACCGGCUCACGAAAAACACCUGGCUGGCGGGCGACGAGUUCACCGCGGCAGACAUCAUGAUUGUCUUUACGCUCACGACGAUGCGUGUCUUUUACGCCUUUGACCUCAGCGGCCGCCCGGGCAUCCUUGCCUUUCUCGAUCGUGCCACAAAGAGAGAGGCUUACAAGCGCGCCAGGGCAAAGGGCGAUCCCGAGCUGGAGCUCAUGAUCCAGGGCCCGGCCCCCAAGCCAUUCAUCGCGCGUCUCAAGGAGGCCGGCAGGAUUUGACCAGCAAAAAGAAAGCGUCCGUCAGAUAGAGGUGACAAUUUGCUUAGCAAUGCAAUUCAAUUCCCUGUCGAUGAC